GGCGACCAGGCGUGCCGGGGGCGGGCUGAGCAGCGGCGGGACCAGCCCGGGCCAGCGCGGGGCGGCGGUGCCGGGCAGGAGGAGGGGCCGAGUCGCCUUCGCCUUCGCUGCAGCUGCCGCCGCCUCCAGGGCUGGGAAUGGCCACGUGGGACAGGCCAAGCCGGAGGCUGGCCCACCAGUCUCAGGUGCCAGCUUCGGAGGGGGAGCCACACCUGCCCACAGGCCGGGAGCUGGCUGAGGCCAACCGCUUUGCCUAUGCCGCCCUCUGUGGCAUCUCCCUGUCCCAGCUAUUUCCAGAACCUGAGCAAAGCUCCUUCUGCACAGAGUUUGUGACGAGCCUGGUGAAGUGGCUGCAGUUGUCUGAAGCCGUCUUGCCAACCAUGACUGCUUUUGCUAGUGGCCUGGGAGGCGAAGGAGCAGACGUGUUUGCUCAGAUUUUGUUGAAGGACCCCAUUUUGAAGAAUGACCCAUCAGUGAUCACUCAGGACCUUCUGAGCUUCUCACUCAAGGACGGGCGCUAUGAUGCCCGGGCCAGAGUCCUCAUUUGCCACAUGACCUCCCUGCUCCAAGUGCCUUUGGAAGAGCUGGAUUUCCUUGAAGAGACAUUCGUUGAGAGCCUGAAAGAAACCAAAGAGGAGGAAUCUGAAAUGGCUGAGGCAUCCAGGAAGAGGAAAGAAAACAGGAGAAAAUGGAAGCGCUAUCUCCUGAUAGGCCUGGCAACUGUCGGAGGCGGCACAGUGAUCGGUGUGACCGGGGGCCUCGCUGCCCCCCUUGUUGCUGCUGGAGCUGCAACAAUCAUUGGCAGUGCUGGAGCGGCAGCCCUGGGCUCAACGGCCGGCAUAGCUGUCAUGACCUCACUGUUCAGUGCAGCUGGAGCUGGCCUGACAGGGUACAAGAUGAAGAAGCGUGUGGGAGCCAUCGAAGAAUUUGAGUUCCUGCCGCUGACGGAGGGCAGGCAGCUGCACAUCACUGUCGCCAUCACGGGAUGGCUUGCGUCGGGCAAAUACCGCACCUUCAGUGCCCCGUGGGUUGCCCUGGCCCGUAGCCGUGAGCAGUACUGCCUGGCCUGGGAGGCCAAGUACCUGAUGGAGCUUGGCAACGCUCUGGAGACCAUCCUCAGUAGUCUUGCCAACAUGGUGGCGCAGGAGGCCCUAAAGUACACAGCAUUGUCUGGCCUUGUGGCUGCCCUGACCUGGCCAGCCUCACUCCUCACUGUCGCCAACGUCAUUGACAACCCCUGGGGUGUGUGUCUCCAUCGAUCAGCAGAGGUUGGCAAGCACUUGGCCCACAUCCUGCUCUCCCGGCAGCAGGGCCAGCGACCUGUCACCCUGAUUGGCUUCAGCCUGGGAGCCAGAGUCAUCUACUUCUGUCUGCAAGAGAUGGCUCAGGAGAAAGCAUCUCCACCAGGAGUAGAUUCCAUCUCAAGAAACCACUUUCUUAUCCAUAAGAAGCAACUCUUCAUCCAUUCAAGUUUGACCAUGAGAUUGCAGCAACUCGGUCCCAUCUUCAGGCUCCACUUCUGCUUCUAGUUUUCUUGCUGUUUCCACCACAUCUGCAGCUCCUUCCUCCACUGAAGGCUUGAACUCCUCAAAGUCUUCCAUGUGGGUUGGAAUCAACUUAUUCUGAACUCCUGUUACUGUUGAUAUUUUGACCUCCUCCCAUGUGUCACAAAUGUUCUAAAAGGGUGAAUCCUUUUCAGAAUGUUUUCAAGCUACUUACCUAGAUCCAUCAGAGGAAUCACUAUCUAGGGCAACUAUAACCUUACGAAAUUCGUUUCUUAAAUAGUAAGACUGGAAGGUCGUAUCUACUCCUUGAUCUGUGGGCUGACGAAGGGAUGCUGUGUUAACAGGCAUGAAAACAACAUUCAUCUCCUUGUACAUCUCCAUUAGAGCUCUUGGGUGACCAGGUGCACUUUCAAUGAACAGUAAUAUUUUGAAAGGAAUCAUUUUUUUUCUGAGCAGUGGGUCUCAACAGUAGGCUUAAACUAUUCAGAAAAUCAUUCUGUAAACAUAUGUGCUGUCAUCCAGGCUCUGUUCUUCCAUUUAUAGAGCACAGACAAGCAAAAUUAUUUUUUUUUCCUUUUUUUCUUUCUUCUUUCUUUUUUUUUUUAAGAUUUUUUUUUACUCGUUAAAUCAUAGCUGCGUACAUUAGUGAAAUCAAGGGGUUACAAUGUGCUGGUUUCAUAUACAAUCUGAAAUAUUCUCAUCAGACUGUUCAACGUAGCCUUCAUGGCAUUUUCUUAGUUAUUGUAUGUAGACAUUUGUAUUCUGCAUUUAGUAAGUUUAGCCUGUACCCAUUCUAAGAUGCACCAUAGGUGUGGCCCCACCCAUUACCCUCCCUCCACCCUAACCUCCCCCCUUCCUUCCCCUUCCUUGGCCCUUUCCUCAUAGUCUUGUGCAAUAGUUGGUUUAUAGCCUUCAUGUGAAAGCUAUAAUUUAGCUUCAUAGUAGGGCUGAGUACAUUGGAUGCUUUUUCUUCCAUUCCUGAGAUACUUUGCUAAGAAGAAUAUGUUCCAGCUCCAUCCAUGUAAAUAUGAAAGAGGUAAAGUCUCCAUCUUUCUUUAAGGCUGCAUAAUAUUCCAUGGUAUACAUGUACCACAAUUUGCUAGUCCAUUCGUGGGUCGAUGGGCACUUGGGCUUCUUCCAUGACUUAGCAAUUAUGAAUUGGGCUGCAAUAAACAUUCUGGUA